CUUCGCGGGAGUGUGUUGUGUUGAGCCGCGGCCACCGGAGAGAUUACAUAAUUGGGAGUUUGAGUUUCACCAGUAACGGAGCUGCUUCACCAGUAUCGAGACACGAUGUGGCCCGUUCGUGCGCGAAACUGAAGCCCUGAAGCCGGUGUACGUGAGCAACGUGAGCGAUAGAGUACAGUGAGAAAAGUGCGUUGUUGGUCAGUUUUCGUGGCGGUGCUGUAGGCAAUCGAUGAAUCAUCAUUCCAUUUCCCAAUACGAAACCGUGGACGGUCGCUGUUGAUACGAUUCGGAAGCCACAAACCAAGGUUGGCGACAGAGUGAGAUACGUACAUCGCGACGCGUUUUGCGUUUUUAUCAUCACGUGUACGAUCCCGCGUGAAGUGCCAUUCUACUUGACCCGCCAGAAAGUCCCUCUCAUAGACGAUGGACCGGUUAGGAGGAACUCCGACGACGUUGGCAAUGGCGAGCCCCAGAAACACUAGUCAAUUCCGCAACCCGUUCGGGCGCCGCCCGUGGAUGGAGCAGAGCGGUGCGGCGGCCGCUGCCCCCGGGGCCAAGGGUCUGAAGGGUAUCGUGGCCGGUGGCAUUACCGGAGGCAUCGAAAUCUGCAUCACCUUCCCGACCGAGUACGUGAAAACGCAGCUCCAGCUGGACGAGAAGGGCGCAACGAAGCAGUACAACGGCAUUAUGGAUUGUGUGAAGAAAACGGUCAAAACAAACGGCGUUCUAGGACUUUAUCGGGGUCUGAGUGUGCUGCUCUACGGUUCGAUACCGAAGUCGGCCGUUAGGUUCGGUGCGUUCGAGAGCCUGAAAGGCCGGCUUGUCGAUACGAACGGCCAGCUGAGCACGGCCGGCAAACUGCUGGCCGGGUUGGGUGCGGGCGUGGCAGAAGCCAUCCUCGCCGUCACACCGAUGGAAACGGUGAAGGUGAAGUUCAUCAACGAUCAGCGGAGCGGCACGCCAAAGUACAAGGGUUUCUUCCACGGUGUCGGGAUGAUCGUGCGGCAGGACGGUCUGUCCGGCGUGUACAAGGGCCUGACGGCGACGAUCAUGAAGCAGGGCUCGAACCAGGCCAUCCGCUUCUACGUGAUGGAGUCGCUGAAGGACCUGUACAAGGGCAACGACCAAUCGAAACCGGUACCCAAAAUGGUCGUCGGUGCAUUCGGUGCCGUCGCCGGUGCUGCGUCCGUGUUCGGAAACACACCGAUCGAUGUGGUAAAAACGCGCAUGCAGGGCCUGGAGGCGGCCAAGUACAAGAACACGAUGGACUGUGCGGUCCAGAUCUGGCGCAACGAAGGGCCGAUGGCGUUCUACAAGGGCACGGUGCCGCGGUUGAGCCGCGUCUGUCUGGACGUCGCGAUUACGUUCAUGAUCUACGACUCGUUCAUGGAUCUGUUCAACAAGUUUUGGCGCUAAGUAUCGGGCAAUCGGCCUAACACGCACCAAACCCAUGACAGGUGCUGGUAUUGGUCUUGGGAAUCUGGUGGCACAAAGGACGAACAAAUCUUACCGAAUCGGUGCAGCAGCAGAGAAUGGCAAACGAGACAUUCCAGAGGAUAUUCAGGGAUUAUAGAAGUUAGUCGGAUUGGCGGAGAAAUCGAACACAUCAAUUGUUACAUGUAGGGCUUUUAAGCUCCAUCUUUGACACACCCGAAUGAGGGCUCCUUUACACUGAUUAGGUAGCAACAAGCACCAACUUAGCGCCAUAGCUGAUCGUAGGCUCGUUGUUCCCCGCGGAACGUAGUCGUUUUCAGCAAAAGUGACUGUACACUGUAUCAACGAAAGAAUAUCAGUAACCGAAAAACUUACCGAUUGCAGGAUUAGCGAGCCACGCAGAAACAGAGCGAGAGAAAGGCAGCAAAACAUGUUAAUCUUUUAGUGUUAGAAACACGCCAAUAAUGCGCGCAUUUCUGUUUUACAAAUGCACUACGGGCCGGUGCACACCGGUGUUCUUUGGUGUUGCUUUCUCAUGCUUACUGUAAGACCUGCCAAAACCUGCCCCGCAAGCAAUGGGCAACGAAGAAUGGCGGCAAAAUACAUUCGACGACGAUCAGACGAGAAUAUGUACUUUAACUAUGCUUAAGGCAGCCACACAAUAACGCACGCAUUCCACUUUGAAGGGCAAUUUAUAUUAGGAUUUGCAAUCUGCCGCCACUAUUGACUCGGUCGGCGUUCCGAUAGAGCGGAAGCUGUUUGUUUUUAUCGUUAGUGCUUGUUUUAAUGUUUACGCGCUUUCGUUUUGUUCGUUAUAAUUCGCGCCAUCCAUUUGCGCGCGUCGAAUGCGGGUUUCUCGGGCGCGCGCGUAAUGGGAACGAUAAAAUUCCUAACAUGCCGGUAUUUAUAUACACAAACACAUGUCGUAAAUAUACAAUCCGUUGUAGUGACCCGCAUGGAUGUAUCGUAAAAGAAAUGCAACAAUGUUUAGAUGGUAAUCGUAUGAAUGAAAAAAUAAACUGGAAAAAUGUGGUACUUUGGUUGAUGAACUUCGAAUGCCACUGACUUUACAAUCCCGAGCUCCAUUUCGUUCGCUUCCCAGCAGCGCGGUUUGUAACACAAUUGCUAAACAUUUCGAAUGAUUUUUUCCAUUUAUUUCGCCGCUCGAUUUGACGACUUUAUAUAACUUUUGUUUUGUGUUACACUACACAACGUUGUCACUCUUUUCUAUUUCUCUCUCAACCGAUUCUCCAUCCGAAUCGUCCUCCCUUGCACAAAUAUAUGGGCUUUGCCGCCUGCACACGCCGCACGCGGAGGUGUGGCAGGAUAACUAGCUAUCUGCAAAGGACAGACACAGUCAAUCGAGGUACCACUCCGGGGUUUUCAGCUUGCCUUUCGUUAUUCCAUUUUCCCUUUUCAUAGUUUCGCCAUUCUAUCGCAAGUCUUUACACACGUUCGCUUUCGCGUUCACACUUGUUAGUUGCUCAACGGCGAUAUAUAGAUUCUUGCUAGCGGGCAUUAGUUAUGUACAAUACUCUGGUCGCCAAUGAAUACAAUAAUUACAAUAAGGUAUAAUUUAAGAUAAUGAAAAUAAAUUUUCCCAUAGCAAUGCACACAUGGACAUCUUUUACGUGCACGCGCCGU